AAAACAUUCUACUGUACUAGUGUUCUACAAUUCUCUCUUUGUAUAUAAUAUACACAGUUACACAGACACCCCCACCUUUUAAACCUUGCCAUCUCUCUCUCUCUCUCUCUCUCGCUGAACAAACUUGUACAAUGGCUGUUACAUGUUCAGGGCCGUGUUAUAUUACUAAGAUGUUUGCAGGUUUAGUAAUAUAUAUGCUCCAAAUACAGAUAGCUUCAUCGGUUAUGAUAGCGAAGAGCAGGCACCACAACACUUUUUACAAACGGAGCCCAAUGAUCCAGGCCAACCAAACAAGCUGUGCUUUGUUUAUAGGCACUUGGGUCUAUGAUGAUACUUACCCGGUUUAUCAGUCCUCUGCUUGCUCCAUUAUUGACCCGGAAUUCAAUUGUCAAAUGUUCGGCCGACCCGAUACAGAUUACUUGAAAUACCGGUGGAAGCCAGUCAACUGUGAGCUACCUAGGUUUGACGGGGAGGAGUUUUUGAUAAAAAUGAGAGGGAAGAAUAUAAUGUUUGUGGGUGAUUCAUUAGGCCGAAACCAAUGGGAAUCACUGAUAUGUAUGAUAUCAGCGAGUGUGCCUCGUUCACCAACUCAGUUCAUUAGGGGAGAUCCUUUCUCAAGCUUUAAGUUUAUUGAGUAUGGUGUGGCAGUUCAGUUUUACAGAGCACCCUAUUUGGUGGAUAUUGAUUUAGUGCAAGGAAAAAGAAUAUUGAAAUUGGAAGAUAUGUCGAAAAAUGGAGGUGCCUGGAAAAAUGCAGAUGUGCUGUCGUUUAAUACGGGUCACUGGUGGACACACAAAGGAUCUCUUCAAGGGUGGGACUAUAUGGAAGCGGAGGGGCAGUUGUACCAAGAUAUGGAACGAUUGGUUGCCUUAGAAAGAGGACUGAGGACAUGGGCAAAAUGGGUUGAUGCAAAUGUUGACAAAAGCAAAACCAGAGUUUUCUUUCAAUCCAUCUCUCCCACACACUACAACCCGUCAGAGUGGAGUGCAGGCGCAACCUCAGUGGCCAAAAGUUGCUACGGUGAGAAAACACCAAUGAGUGGCACAGCUUACCCAGGCGCGUAUCCAGGCCAAAUGAAGGUCCUUGAUGCAGUGAUAAGGAACAUGAGUAACCCAGCUUAUAUACUUGACAUAACUAUGCUCUCUGCUAUGCGUAAAGACGCGCAUCCGUCUAUUUACAGUGGCGAUUUGAGCCCGGAACAGAGAGCCAAUCCUGACCAUUCUGCUGAUUGUAGUCACUGGUGCCUCCCUGGAUUACCUGAUACUUGGAAUCAGCUCUUCUAUACUGCACUGUUUUAUCAAUGAUUUAGCUCACUAUAUUACCAUUUGUAUCUAGUCAUGUUUUCUCAUUAAUUUUUCUAAAUAUCAUAUGAUCUAAAAUAGAGGCUGUUUACAUAAAAAUAUAUCUGUUUAUAUAGCUGUAAUGUUCACUCUGUUUCUCCAAGAAAAAGAAAUCUGGAGAUGUAUUAUUUUCAUAAUCUAAAGAAAUAACUUCUAAGAAGCUGUGUUGUUCA